AUGUACUUCACACAAAUCGCUACUGUUGUCGCAAUUGCUGCUGGUGCAGCUGCUUCUCCUGUCGCACGUCAGAACAGCGGCCAAGCAACAUUCUACCAAGCCAACGGCGGCACUGGAUCAUGUGGACAGCAGCUCAGCAACUCACAAAUGGGAGUUGCAGUGAGCUCGAACAUGGGUUGCACAAGCAUGUGUGGCCAGAAUGUCCAAAUUGAAAGCAACGGUCAGACAGUCUCGGCGCCAGUCGUCGAUUGCUGUCCAAGCUGUGAAAGCAACCACAUCGACCUCCUUCCAAAGGUUUUCGAGUCCCUCGGUAUCUCACAAUCUGAGGGUGUUGCUCCAGUUACCUUCAGCUUCAACUAA